AUGAGAUUUAGAAAGCUAAGAGAAGGGGCUACAACUAUUGUAUCGUGGGAAAUUUCUCCCAAAAAGGAAGGUACAUGCCCUAAAAGGGUAAUUGACACUGACAGACUACAAAAGAUUGCUGAUAUACUACAAAAACUACAAAAGUUGGACAUAGACCACAAAGUCUUUGCCUUUGUCAUUACAAAGAUUUUUGUAGUGUCCGCUUUUUUGAUUACAAUUGUCCGCUUUUUUGAUUACAAUUGUCCGCUUUUUAGACUACAAAUGUUUGUAGUCAUUGCCUUUGUCAUUAUAAAUGCUUGUAGUUGUCCGCUUUUUUCAUUACAGUGUUGUAGUGUUCGCUUUUUGGACUACAAAUUCUUUGCCUUUGUCAUUAUAAAGUGUCCGCUUUUUAGACUACAAAUGUUUGUAGUCUUUGCCUUUGUCAUCACAAAGUGUCCGCUUUUUGGACUACAAAGGCUUGUAGUGUGCACUUUUUAG